UAGUAAGAAUGUAAAUAAAACCACAUUAAGGUUGAGCUGUUAUCAGCUGUGAUGGGUUUUCAAGUUCUUAUUCAAACAAAAAUUCUUACGGGCGCAACUCGGUGUUGACGUUCGUUUGAAAUAUGAUAUAAGGAUAUGACAGUUUGUUUUGAGCUGUGGGCACCAUAGGAUGUAAAUUUGAUACGUGAAAAUAUUUUUUAAUUUUUAUAUAAAGUAUACAUUUUUUCCGUUUAGACAUUUCGCUCGUUUGCAGGGAGUUAUUAUGGUGGUAGAAUUUUAUUACGAUUUACUGUCGCAGCCAUGCCGCGCUGUAUAUUUGUUUUUUAGAGCAGCUGGAAUACAGUUUGAACCAAAGGAAAUCGAUCUGUUUAAAGGGGAACACCAUAAUCCAGAAUUCACGAAAAAGAAUCCAUACCACAAAGUUCCAGUUAUCGACGAUGACGGAUUUCUACUUGCAGAAAGUGCAGCGAUUAUGCGUUAUAUGGCGACGAAAGAAAAUGUUGCGGAUCAUUGGUACCCCAGGCAAGACCUGCAGAAACAAGCAAAAGUCGACGAAUUCAUUAACUGGCAACACCUGUGUGUCCGCAAGCCUUGUGUAGAUUUGUUUAUUGCUAAAUUUAGAAGCCGUAUCGGCAUUGGUCGCUUCACAAAGGAACCGCUCGAUGAAGCCAAACUAAAAACCUUUAGAGAAGAAAUCACAAAAAGUAUUGCACAUAUUGCAGAUUAUUUUCUACAAGACAAACCAUUUCUUGCCGGGGACGAGAUUUCUUUGGCCGAUAUUCUCGGGGCUUGCGAGAUUUACCAUUUACAAGGCGUAGAAGAAGACUCGUUGUACAAAGAUAAUGCGAAAGUGUCUGAAUGGAUUGAACGUGUCCGUAAAAGGCUUGAACCUGAUUUUGAUACUGCAUCUAUGAAGCUAAUGGCGGUAAAACAAAAGUACAUUAGCGCUAAGGAGUAACAUUAUACAGUCUUUUAAUUAAUUCUGUCAAGUCGAGUGUUUGUAUCAACGAAACUAUGCAUUACAAAACUUAUAUAGCCUGUAAUUUCAGUGAACUAUAAUAAGUCAGUGAUGUUUGAACUGUUUUGCAUAUUUUCACUCACAAAACUAUAUAAUAAAAUAAUAAAAAAAAAAACAUUAA